CCAGGUAAGACAGGUUGCGGGGCGCGGCAGGAGGCUGUUUGGAAUGCGGGGAGGGCAUUCGCAGUCGCCGCUUCUACGCUCUCGCUCAGUCCAUCUCAAGACCGUAGCCGACUCGUCGGUCCGCGUUGUUUCGCUGUUUCGCCGCCUCAACAAGUGACUGAUAACCGACGGCGUGGCGGAGCGCCGCCGCGACGACGACGUGCCGGUGGCAGUGUCAGUGCGCGAGUGCGCGGUGGAUACGUCCGCGAUCGGCUUCUUCUGCUGCCCCAGGAUGCGCGGGAUCCCACGAUGACGCCGAAGACGCUCUUCCUGCUCCUCCUGCUGGCGUGCUGUCGGGCGGAGCACGCGCGCGACCUGGAGGUCUCCGAGGGCGCGCCCGUCGGCACCAGGAUCGGCUUCAUCGGGGACGGCGCCUCCGACAGCGGCCCGCCCUACCUCAUCGUGCCGGUGGGCAGCGCUGUCGACACGGACCUGGCGAUCGACCAGACGACGGGGGAGAUCCGCACCAAAGUGCCCCUGGACCGCGAAACGCGAUCGACUUACUCGCUGGUGGCGAUCCCGAUUAGCGGUGACAAUGUGAAAGUGGUGGUUAAAGUGCUGGAUGAGAACGACAACGCGCCCACGUUUCCCAUGCCGGUGAUGUCGAUCGAGUUCCCGGAGAACACGCCCAGGGACGUGAAGAGAACGCUGCACCCGGCGAGGGACCUGGACCUAGAUAUCUUCAACACGCAGAGAUACAACAUCGUGGCGGGGAACAUCAACAACACCUUUCGCUUAUCCUCACACAGGGAGCGCGACGGAGUCUUGUAUCUAGAUCUCCAGAUCAACGGGUUUCUAGACAGGGAGACCACCCCAUCAUACAGCCUCGUUAUAGAGGCACUAGACGGUGGAACCCCUCCGCUUCGAGGCGAAAUGACCGUAAACAUAACGAUCCAGGACGUCAACGACAACCAACCCAUCUUCAACCAAAGUCGCUACAUAGCAAUAGUACCGGAGAACGCCACGGUGGGUACCACGGUCCUUCAAGUCUUCGCCACAGACAAAGAUUCAGGAGAAAACGGCCAAAUCGAGUACUCAAUCAAUCGUAGGCAAAGCGAUCGAGACACCAUGUUCCGCAUAGACCCAACCACGGGUCUCAUCGUCGUUAACAAACCCUUGGAUUUUGAGACAAAAGAGCGCCACGAGCUGGUCAUAGUCGCCAAAGACCACGGUUUGCAACCCCUGGAAACCACCGCGUUCGUCUCCAUCAAGGUAACCGAUGUCAACGACAACCAGCCCACCAUCAACGUGAUCUUCCUCAGCGACGACGCUACUCCAAAGAUUAGCGAGUCUGCACAGCCGGGAGAAUUCGUGGCACGGAUCUCCGUCAAUGAUCCUGACUCCAAAACCGAGUACUCUAAUAUCAACGUGACCCUCAGUGGUGGCGAAGGUCACUUCGGGUUGACCACGAGGGACAACAUCAUCUACUUGGUGAUCGUUUCUCUCCCCUUGGAUCGCGAACUGCAACCUAACUACACCCUCAAUGUCGUGGCCACCGACCGCGGGAACCCUCCUCUGCACGCGUCGCGCACCAUCAACCUCAUGGUGACCGACAUCAACGACAACGCUCCGGAGUUCGAGCGGGAGGUGUACGAAGCCAACGUCAUGGAGGUGUCGGACCCCGGGACGUCGGUUAUCCAGGUGCUGGCGACCGAUAAGGACGAAGGCAACAACAGUGCGAUCACGUACUCCCUGCUGGAGAGCGCCGAGACGCACUCGUCGUGGUUCCAGAUCGAUGCAAGAAGUGGUUUGGUGACGACGCGCGCUCAUGUUGAUUGUGAAACCGAUCCCAUGCCGCGAUUGACCGUGCUCGCAACGGAUAACGGGUUUCCGCCGCUAUCGUCUUCGGCGACAGUGCUAGUGACCAUCCACGAUGUUAACGACAACGAGCCCAUCUUCGACCAGAGCUUCUACAACGUUUCGGUCGCGGAGAACGAGGCCGAGGGACGAUGCAUUCUCAAGGUUUCGGCGACCGAUCCCGACUGCGGUGUCAACGCCAUGGUCAACUACACGCUGGGCGACGGCUUCGCCAAGCUCAAGGAGUUCGAGGUGCGCUCCGGCACGGGAGAGGUCUGCAUCACCUCCAGCUUGGACUACGAGACCAGGAAUGUGUACGAGUUUCCGGUCAUCGCCACCGACCGAGGGGGCCUGAGCACCACCGCCAUGGUAAAAAUACAAGUGACGGACGUCAACGACAACCGCCCCACGUUCUACCCUCGCGUCUACAACGUCUCCCUGCGAGAGGGAGGGGCGUCGUCGUCUGCGACGACGCCGGUGGUGGUGGUGGCCACCACCGACCCCGACUCCGGGCGCUACGGGACGGUCACUUACAAGAUCGUGGCCGGGAACGACGCCGGACUUUUCCGGAUCGAUAAGAACACGGGGGAGAUCUUCGUCAGUCGGCCCAAUUUGCUCUCCACAAGGAGCCAACCGUACCAUCGUCUCAACAUAAGUGCUACCGACGGCGGAAAUCUCAAAUCGUUAACGGAUGCCGAAGUGUUCAUCAGCGUUAUUGAUUCAGCGCAGCGACCGCCCAUUUUCGAGCACCCCAGAUACACCUACUCGGUGAAAGAGGACGUGAAGAAGGAUACCGUCGUCGGGAAUGUGAAGGCUACCGUCCGGGAUUCCGGUGACUACAAGAACGUCCGCUACUCCAUCUACUCCGGGGACCCGGAGGGCUUCUUCCGCAUCGACUCCUCCACCGGGGUGAUCAAGACAGCCGCCCCCUUGGACCACGAGACCCGCAGCAACGUCCUCCUGAACAUUCAGGCCACCAACGGGGAUCCUCCCGUGUACGGACACACUCAGGUCAACAUUGAGAUCCAAGAUGUCAACGAUAACGCCCCGGAAUUCGAGUCGAACGUGGUCCGGAUUUCCGUUCCGGAGAACGUGGAUACGGGAAUCGCCCUUUACGCCGCCCACGCCCGCGACAAAGACUCCGGUGCUAACGGCGUCGUGCGUUACAAGAUCGUCAACAACGGCGCUACCGGGGGUCUGUUCAAUGUUGACCCUAAGCUGGGUCACUUGACUCUGACAAGACAUUUAGAUUACGAAACGACCCAGCGGCACAGCUUGAUUAUAACAGCGACCGACACUGGAAUUCCACCAUUAUCUGCCAACUUGACGGUGCUGGUUGAGGUGCAAGACGUGAACGACAAUCCUCCGGUUUUCGAAAGGAACGAGUAUAGCAAAACGGUCGAGGAAUCAAGGGCGGUGAAUUCGCAGGUGUUGCAAGUGACGGCGGUGGAUCUAGACACGGGGAACAAUGCAAGGUUGACGUAUAGGUUAUUGACGGGGAAUAACACGGGGGAAGUGUUUGGGAUCUUCCCGAAUAGCGGGUGGUUGUAUUUGAAGGGGAGUCUGGACAGGGAGAGUCGGGAUAGGUAUGAACUCACGGUGAGUGCGACGGAUAAUGGCACGCCGUCACAGAGUGCCACUGCUAGGGUAGUGAUCCUGGUUAGUGACACCAAUGAUAACGAUCCGAGAUUCGUGAAGGAUAUGUAUGAGUUCAACGUGGAAGAGAACCAGAGGAGAGGGAGCGUCGUGGGGAUGAUCGCGGCGACGGAUGAAGAUAUCGGUGAUAAUGCGGUCAUCAGAUAUAAUCUCAUCCCUGGGAAUACCAGCUUCCAGAUCAAUCCCUCCAGUGGCGAGAUUACGACCAAACAACCCCUCGACCGAGAGCAGAAAGAGAUUUACGACCUGGUGGCCGAAGCCCGGGAUCAAGGCAGCCCGUCCAGAAGCAGCAGGGUGGCCCUCAAAAUUCACGUGUUGGACGUGAACGAUAACGCUCCGGAAAUAAUCGACCCUCAAGAGGAUGUGGUUAGCGUGCGCGAAGAACAACCGGCGGGAACGGAAGUGGUGAGGGUGCGAGCCGUGGACCCGGACAACGGCGAAAACGCGUCCCUCACCUACUCGAUCUUGAAGGGGAGAGACUCGGACGGUCAUGGCGUCUUUAACAUCGACCCCCUGACGGGAGUCAUUCGGACGAGAAUGAUGCUGGACCACGAGGAGCGAGCGAUAUAUAGACUGACGGUGGCAGCUAGCGACGACGGAAAACCCCCUAAACAGACCGUGAGAAUGUUGAGGGUUGAAGUGCUGGACCUCAACGAUAACAGACCCACCUUCACGAGUUCGAGUUUGGUCUUCAGAGUUCGAGAAGACGUCAAAAUUGGGUACGUCGUGGGUUCAGUGGCCGCUUCCGAAACGGCAGACCAAGAAAAUAUAAUCAGUGGAAGUACCGGAGGGCAUAUAACGUAUACACUCACGUCUUUGAUGCCCGAAAAUGUGAUCGAUGCUUUCGACAUUGACCGCAGCACGGGUUCUCUAGUCGUGGCACGGGAGCUAGACCGCGAGCGAGAGUCCGAAUAUCGUCUGGAAGUUAGGGCGUUGGACACGAGCGCCAUGAAUAACCCUCAGAGUAGUGCCAUAACGGUGAGGAUCGACAUUGCCGACACCAACGACAAUGCUCCUCGUUGGCCUGAAGAAUUAGUGACAAUAUCGUUGAGCGAAAAUACCGACAUUGGUACAUCCGUUCACAACUUCACGGCUUCUGACAUGGACAGCGGCAGCAACGGUGAACUUCGCUACCAUCUCGUGCAUCAAUACCCGACCAACAACACCUUCACUAUAGAUUUCCUAACCGGAACGUUGAUUCUCUCCAAUAGCCUCGAUUACGAAUCAAUAGAAGAAUAUACCAUUAUUGUAGCAGCCACCGAUCAGUCCGUCAAUGUUUCGGAACGAAAAACUACCUCAGUCACUGCUAGAGUCAUCGUUACCGAUUACAACGACAACUCUCCCAGAUUCGUCGUUCCGGUACCUCCGACGGCCUUUAUCAGUGAAGCUACCAUCGUAGGAAUGAAAGUCACCCAUCUGGUGGCCGUAGAUAGUGAUAGUGGUGACAACGGUCGAGUGACUUAUGUGAUUUCAAGCGGAAACGAAGGUAGUGUUUUCGCGUUGGGUUAUGACACGGGCGUUUUGACCUUAGCCAAACCUCUUCCUGACGCACAAAGAACUUACAUUCUAAAUGUAACAGCCACUGAUCAUGGAACACCCACGCGUCAUGCCGAUAUUGAGUUAAAAUUGGCGGUGCAAGGAUCCGAAGCGAACCCUCCCAGGUUCUUCAACUCUUUGUACAGAGCGAGUGUCCCGGAAGAUGCGCCUAUAGGGACGUUUGUGACUAAAGUUACCACCAAAUCCGGAGUGGCCGAACACGGCAACAACAUUUCCUUCUACAUCCCGAGAGAGGUCGCCGACGGAGCCUUCCAAAUCGACCCUGUAUCAGCACGAAUCACGACUAGCAAAGCCCUGGAUCGCGAAACGCGGGACUCCUACACUAUUCCCGUCUACGUCACAGACACCACCUCACCCGGAAAGACGCUCUCCGACGUUUCGACUCUCAUCAUCAAGAUCACCGACGUCAACGAUCACGCGCCGGAGUUUAAAGCGGGCUCGUGUUACCGACUCUACGUGCCCGAAAACAACGAAGUGGCUGUGAUACACACGGUAGUGGCGAAAGAUUUAGACGAAGGAAACAAUGGAGAGAUUGCGUAUAGUAUCACGGGAGGUAAUUUAGGGAACAAGUUUAGCAUCAACAUGAGAACGGGUGAAUUGACAGCGCGACCUUUGGAUCGCGAAACACAUUCGAGAUAUCAUUUAACCAUCACGGCCCAAGAUCGAGGCAAGCCUUCCUUGAUGGGUCUUUGUAAUAUCACGGUGAUGGUCGAAGACCUGAACGAUAAUGAUCCGAAGUUUGACCUUUCGAAGUAUUCGACGGCGAUUCCUGAAGAUGUACCCGCAGACACUUCUAUACUGAAAGUGCACGCGUCUGACGCUGAUAUGGGUGUUAAUGCUAGGAUUAUUUAUUCGUUGGCGAACGAGAGUCAGUGGUUAUUUCGAAUCGACAACAAGACUGGAGUUAUUACGACCGCAGGGUUCUUCGACAGAGAGUUGCAGUCCGUUUAUAAUUUUUUAGUGGUGGCUACUGACAGCGGCAAGUACAAUGCCCGCUCUCAGAAAGUACCAGUUACGGUACGAAUCGACGACAUCAAUGACAAUAAGCCGAUUUUCACGGAAUAUCCGUUUAGAGAAAGAGUUGCGGCUUAUAAGCAACCCGGACAGACGAUUCUCAAGAUUACGGCAAAAGACGCAGAUCAAGGUACUAAUUCGGAAAUCGUCUACAGUCUGGUCAAUGAUGGUUCAUAUUCAAAAUUUCGCAUCAAUCCGAAUACCGGAAUCUUAACAGCCACACAAAGCCUAGCAAGCGAGAAUGGCAAAGUCGUCCAUAUUAACAUUCUCGCAACCGAUAAAGGCAACCCUCCUCGAAGUUCCACCGGACUUGUUGAAAUCAUCGUCGGCGACAUUCUCGAAGGUGCCCCCCAACUCCGUUUUCAAAACUCUUCAUACUUGGUCAACAUCCCCGAGCACACCGAAAAAUUCAAAGACAUCCUCCGAGUAUCAGCGGUUCGCACCGAUGGACGCCGCCAACGCAUCCUCUACUCCUUCGGUACCGGUAACGAAGACAACAUUUUCAGAAUAGAUCAAGAAAGUGGCGUCAUCCAAGUCCGUGAUCCGAAAUACCUCGACUACGAGUUGCACAAAGAGAUCAAAAUGGUAGUGGAAGCCAAAACCGAAGGAGGUCCUGCUUUGCACGGCUACUGCGAGGUUAUAAUUCAAUUGACCGACAUCAACGACAACGCCCCCAAAUUUACCCAACAACAGUACUCAGCGUCGGUUUGGGAAGGUAACAAAAAAGGAGCGUUUGUUCUUCAAGUCGUGGCUUUCGACGACGACCAAGGUCCCAAUUCUCGCAUUCUCUAUCACAUCGUCGACGGCAAUCACGAUAACGCGUUCAAAAUUGAACCGGCUUUUAGUGGUAUUUUAAAGACCAAUAUAGUCUUGGAUCGCGAGAUUAGAGAUAACUAUAAACUCACCGUUAUCGCAACGGAUGAGGGAGUGCCGCAGAUGACCGGGACGGCAAGAAUAGUCAUUAAUAUUGUGGAUGUGAAUGAUAAUCAACCGACUUUUCCGCCACGGAGCAUCAUCAACGUGAGUGAGGCGACGGAAAUAGGGACCGUUUUGACGACCAUGACGGCCAACGACGUUGACACGAACCCCGCGUUAACGUAUAGUUUUUCGACGGACAACAGUAGGGAGGAUUUGGAGUUUUUUAGUAUUGAUCGGUUUAGUGGGAAAGUUAUUUUGAAGAAGAAGCUCGAUUUUGAGAGUUGGCAGGAAUAUAAGUUGAAAAUUGAAGCUUCUGAUACGGCACAUACGGCCAAAACUACGCUUACGAUUAAAGUUACCGACGUGAACGACAAUUCGCCUGCGUUUUCUCAAUUGGUUUAUCAAGCCAACUUGCCAGAUGGUCACUCACCAGAACUCACCGAUAUACUGACCGUCAACUCUACUGAUGGCGAUUCCGGUGACAACGCACGAGUCGAGUACUUACUCUUCAACCCCAUUCCGAGCUUUUCAAUCGGGCGUACCGACGGAGUUCUACGAGCCAAUCUUUCCAAUAUCACUUCAGUAGUGAACGACAUACAGCUCACGGUGCAAGCGAUCGACUUGGGUAAACCCCCUAGAAAGUCAGUGGCUUCCAUCCGCAUCAAAGUCAACAGUAGAUCCGGGCAUUCUUCGUCUAACAAUAAAAGAGACUACAAGAUCCAAAUUCCUGAAGACAUUCCAAAAGGUACGACCAUACUGCACUUGGCGAAACCCACAGGAGUUCAGAAACAAGGGACGAACUUCUACAUAACUGAAGGCAACGACGACGGCUCUUUCGAAGUGUCAAACCCAUCUGGUGCUUUGGUCGUCGUGAAGAACAUGGAUCGUGAACUGCAAGAUGUUUAUAACCUCAAAAUCACAAUCGGAGAUAUGACUUUUACUUCCAACUAUUCGAUGAUAGCUGUGGUGGUUAGAAUCGACGAUACGAAUGACAAUGCGCCAGUAUUUAAACAAGCCGAUUAUGAACUUACGAUUAGUGAAGGUACUCCCGUGGGUACUUCGAUUAAGAAAAUUAUAGCAACCGAUGCUGAUUCUACGGGUCCUAAUUCAGAAAUAACGUACGACAUUACCUCAGGGAACGACGAGGGCUUGUUCAAACUGGACAUAGUUUCGGGAGUACUUUCCGUGAACAAGACUUUGGAUUUCGAUAGUGGCAACACCGAAUACAACCUCGUAUUGCGCGCGUGUGACCGAGGUCCCAGUCCUUUGUGUACCCUGAACACGUUCCUUGUGGGUCUCCAAGAUGAAAACGACAACGAACCGAAGUUCCCCGUUCCUGAGUACUUGGAGUUUGUUGGAGAAAAUGAACCCGUUGGUACUGCCAUUUUCACAGCUCAUGCUACCGAUUUAGAUAAGGGUGCUUUUGGUACGCUGAACUACUCGAUCGUAAGCGCUAGUUCUUCGAAUUACCCGGGGAUUGACGAUUCCUGGCGUUUGUUCCACAUUGAUUCCUCGACGGGUUUAGUUACCACAAACUCCAUCUUCGACUACGAACAACACAGUCGCUAUAUUUUCAUGGUGAGGGCUACUGAUGUCGGAGGGAAAUCUUCUACGGUUAAAGUGAGGGUGGAAAUUGAGAGUAAAGACGAAUUUCACCCUCAGUUUACGGAACGAACUUAUAAAUUUAUCUUGGCGACUUCGGUACCACUGCCUGUGGGGUACGUAGUGGGACAUGUGACCGCCACUGAUAGAGACAAGGGGCCUGAUGGUCGUGUGGUGUACCAACUCACCACUCAACACUCCUAUUUCAAAAUAAAUAGAACCACUGGAGCUGUGAUGAUUAAAAAGAAGUUUGAGAAUUCGGAAGGAUUGGACUCCGGGAGGGAGAUCAGUUUAGUGGUGACGGCGAGCUCUGGACGCCAAGGAUCACUAACGAAUAUGACGGUAGUGGAAAUUACUCUAGACCCACUGGCGGAUCCUGGUACCAACUUGGCCAUCAAUCGAGAAAACAAUACCACAGUGGCCGCCGCAAACGGAGGAAUAGCAGAUUGGGCCCUCGGUCUUCUAAUAGCGUUGAUCCUUCUCCUCAUAACUUUCGGUGCUGUGUUCGUAUUCCUUCAUAUGCGUAACAAACGUAACAAGAAAAUUAAUAAACCAAACUUGAACAGUGAAAGUGUAAGUACUUCGAACAACUACGUGGACCCUAGUGCUUUCGAUACGAUUCCGAUCCGUGGUAGCGGUGGUGUAGUGACUAGUAGCGCUAACCAGUUCGCACCGCCGAAAUACGACGAAAUACCUCCAUACGGUCCUGGACAUGCUGCUAGUUCCAACUCCGGAGCUGCCACCACGUCUGAACUCUCAGGUUCCGAACAAUCCGGGUCGAGCGGACGCGGGUCCGCCGAAGACGGUGAAGACGGCGAAGACGAAGAAAUUCGCAUGAUUAACGAAGGACCUCUUCAGAGAGACUCCGGGAUUCACAGGCAGAACGACGACGACGACAACCUGUCGGACGUUUCGGUUCGAAACACCCAGGAGUACCUCGCCCGGUUAGGGAUCAACAGCGGAGGCGGCGUUCCUCAAGCCGCCUCCCGCCUCUGUUCGGACCCCCGCGCCGGCAGCAGCAAAGAGUCCAUCCACCACCACCAGGGCGUGCCUUUAGACAGCCUGCACAUCUUCGACGAGGAAGGCAACAACGAAAACGACAUGACCCUGAUUUACGCGAAGCUUAACGACGUGGCAGGCAGUGACCGGGCGAGCUCCACGGACGAAGGGGGCGGCGUGAACCCCUCCACGUUGGAGCACGUGAUGGCGAUCGGUGGGUACGGGGAGGUGCCGGCGGUGACGCACCAACCCUCCAUGAACGGUUCGUUGAGUUCGAUAGUGCACAGCGAGGAGGAGUUGGCCGGUAGUUACAAUUGGGACUAUUUGCUCGACUGGGGGCCGCAGUACCAGCCCCUGGCUCACGUGUUCUCCGAGAUUGCAAGACUGAAAGACGACACGGCGUCGGUGAAGAGCGGGGCCAGCGGUAACUCGAGCGUGAAAAGCAAGAGUUCGGCGCCGGCCAAGAGCAUCCCGCCGCCGCUGAUCACGAGCGUGGCCCCGAGGUCCAUAGCGAUGCCCGUCUUGAACUCGAGGGGCGGUUCUAGUCAUCACGCGGGGACUCACAACCAGAUGAUGAUGUUGCCGAGAUCGCCGAUCAACCACGACGCUUCGGGGGCUACGUUCAGCACGUCGACGGCGAUGUCGCCGAGUUUCUCUCCGAGUCUGUCGCCGCUGGCGACGAAAUCGCCGUCGAUUUCGCCGCUGGUUACGCCCGGUUUGCCGACGAGUCACCAUGUGAUGGGGCGGCAGCCGCCGCAGAGCAGGACGAAGACGGUGGUGGAUACGGAGAUGAGGAUUUAAGUGUUCAGGACUUUUAUUAGGGACUUUUUUAAAUCGAUUGUACUAUAAUUUCGUGUAUAUAAUUUAUUAGAAAUGCUCACUAGGUAGUGUUUUCUCUGCCUGCCAUUUUUAGCCAUAAAGACUAACUUUCUCUGUAAGCUUUUAAAUGUUUUGUAUAAAAUUUUUAAAUUAUUGUAGAUAUGUAACUAUUCCAAGUUUUGUAAUUAUAAAUAGCGAGGAAUCUAAAUUAUUUCGAUUUGAAUGUUGUUAACCAAAUUUAUACAAAUGUGUUUGUUGUGUCGUUGAAUGUGAACGCGUUGAAGAUGAAUGUUUAGUUGUAGGACUAAAUAAUUGUGUCAUAAGUGUUGCUGUAUAAAAAUGUACAAACAAAAUAA